GAGGAAGAAGAAGAGGAAGAAGAAGAAGAGGAAAAAGAAGAAGAAGAAGAAGAAGAAGAACACCUGUACAGCCAACCAGCAAACACUUCCUUCAAAGGCUCCUCAGAAAAGAAAGUGAAAGGAUGAACCACGCUCACUCGUUAGUCGGACUGCUGCUCCUCGUCAUCAUCCAAAGCAGCUGGCAACUUUCUGACCACAACACCAACUCAGUGCAUAUGAUGUUGAUCCCCAGUGAGCGUGUCGAGGAGUCACUCGUGCCGCACAGCAAGAGACAUUCUGAGGGAACUUUCUCUAACGACUACAGCAAAUACUUGGAGAGCAGGCGGGCUCAGGACUUUGUUCAGUGGCUCAAGAACUCCAAACGAAAUGGAAGUCUAAUCAGACGGCACGCAGACGGAACCUACACCAGUGAUGUCAGCUCCUACAUGCAGGAGCAGGCAGCCAAGGAGUUUGUGAGCUGGCUGAAGGCGGGCCGAGGAAGACGACAGUAGAGAGAAACCAC